AUGGCCGAGUCAUCUGAAACAAUUCUCAAAUUAAGCAAGAGCAUUAUUCGACGCUAUCGCACAUCGGAUGCCGCAGCCGUUGUUGAAGGCGGGGAUACACCCCUGGUUUCUGAAUAUAUGUCGGCAUCCUUUCCAAGUCCUUAUACGCUAGAAAGGGCAUUGGGAUGGAUCAAAAUCGCCAACGAAGAAGGAAGCCUUCAUUUCGCCAUAUGCACCGUCGAUAGCGACGUUGUUAUUGGUGCCUGUGGAUUUGAUCAUCUCACAGGCGUGGAAUCUCGGACCAAGGUUAUUGGUUACUGGCUGUCGCCCAAAUACUGGGGUCAGGGCAUAAUGACGGAAGUUAUCACAGCACUAAGUGGUUGGAUUUUUGGGCAAGUUCCAACGCUCCUAAAGCUAGAAGCCUCCGUGUUUGAGGAGAACAAAGGGAGCAUCAAAGUUUUGGAAAGGGCUGGGUACCAGCAAGAAGGGAUUAAACGCAUGUCUGUGUUCAAAAAUGGCCGGGUUAGUAACACUGUGCUCUUUGGAUUGACGAGGAAUGAAUGGAAUCAAUCUGUAUGA